GGACGAGUGCCAGGUGCUCAUGGAGACGCGUGCCAUGUUGCUGGAGGAGCGUACUCGUGCCAUUAUGCUGGAGGACAAGAUCAGGACUGUCGCAGAGGAGGCGAAGAGAAAUGCUGUGGCCAAUACCAAGGCAAAGCUUGAUGCCAAGUCAGCCGAUUUUGAGUUCUACCAGAGAGCCAACAUGGAGCUGAAUGUGCAGUGCACGGGCUUGAAGGCGAGGGUUGCAGCUCUCGAAGCAGAGGUGCGGCGGAAGAGAACCCGGAACGCAGAAUUGGAGAUGGAGCUCGAGCAGGAGAAGCAGAUGCGGCUCACCGAGAACAUGCGGCGCGAUCUUGGCCGGAACGCGUGA